AUGCAGACACGCAAAAGAACCUCCUCAAAGUCAAACGACUACAUCGACACCCCUCAAACAGCAAAGACAGCCCGCACCACACGAGGCUCAACGCGCACGCCUAAGACUACCGAAGAACUCCUCGCAAACCCCAAAAAUGAAGUCUACAGCUGUCCCCCUACAGAACUCCUAUCAAUCCUCACCUCCCCCGACGCCCAGGCUCUCAUCGCGGAGCAGCACCUCCACCUCGUCGCCGCCCACCGCAAGCUCAUCAACACAACCGGUCUCGCACAGCGAUACAUUGCGAAUUUCCAGCGGGACGGCAAGAAUGGGUUCUAUGAUCCUCAAUGGCAGCUUGAGGCACGGGAGGCGCAUUUCCGGCAUAAGAAGGGUGAUUUUGAUGGGUAUUUGAAGUGGAAGCUUUAUCAGGAUUGGCCGGAGUUGGAGAAAGUGAUCAAGGAGCGAGAGGAGGCGGAAUUGGCUCGAAGUCAGGAUAAGGUGUCGGAGAAUGAAAGUGGUGAUAGACACGAUGCUGAGUCGGACAAGCUGGUGGAGACAAUCAAUGGAGGCAAUGAGAAGCACGACGAUGGGUUGGACAUGCUGCUGGGUACGCUGAGCAAUGGUAGCAAUGCCAAACACGUUGACGGACUGGCUGAGGGUUACGAUCAACCGAUGGAUACACUGAAUGGAAGUCAUGAGAAUCACGAUGAUGGGUUAGCUCAACAGGAGAAGUCACUGAAUGCACCGAUCAAUGCUACCAAUGACGGACACAAUGAUAGGUUAGCACGCCUGGACGAACCUCUGGAUGCGGUGAAUGGUGGAAGCAAUGACGGACACGGUGCUGGUUUGGCACAUAACCAAAAUCAACCCCCAGCCGAGGUGAAUGGUGAAGACAGUGCUAAGCCUGGUGGUAUGGAGGAAGACGAGCCGAUGGAGGGACAUUGA